GUGCGUAUCUUACAAACUAUACUUCCUUCAACAAUCUAAACACUUUUCAAACACUCUCUCUCUCCACUUUCUCUCUCUCUAACCUCCUCGGCCAUGGACGAUCCCUACAGAUCCAAGCCUCGCCGCGGCCGCACCAACCUCGCCUCCUGCCUCGUCGCCGCCGUCUUCCUCCUCCUCAUCGCCGUCGCCAUCACCACCGUCUACUUCCUCUUAUUCAAGCCCAAGCACCCUCGAAUCGCCGUGAACGCCGUCCAGUUCCCCACCUUCACGCUCUCCAACGGCACCGUCAACUUCACCUUCUUCCAGUUCGUCACCGUCACCAACCCCAACCGCGACACCUUCACGCAUUACGACAGCUCGUUACAGCUCGAUUACUCCGGCGAUCCGGUCGGCUUCGUCUUCAUUCCGGCCGGGAGGAUUUACGCCGGUAGGAGCCAGCAGAUGUCGGCGAAAUUCCAGGUGGAUAGGUUCCCGGUGCCGGAGAGAGGGAAAGUAUCGGCGGCGGUGGCGUUCGGCGACGGCGUUGUGGCGGCGGGGGAUGUGAUGGAGAUAGAGACGAAGAUGAAAUUGGUUGGGAGAGUUAGGGUUUUGAAAGUGUUUACUCAUAGAGUGGAGAGUGAGGUUAAGUGUAGUGUUGAUGUUAGAGUCACUGAUGGUUCUGUUCUAGCUCUUCAUUGUUAGUGUUUGCUUCUUUUUGUAGAGAUUGUAUUCAACUCUAAUAUAUCAUUCCAUAAUUUGUAUAUAUUAUAUUAAGAUUUUACUUGAAA